UCUCUCCCUUUCAUAUUUCCCAUCAUUAUUUUCUCAAACUCAAAGAAAUGGCUGAUCGUUCCCAACCUCACCAAGUCCAAGUCCACUCAACACAUCACUAUGGUGGUGGUGGUGCUAAGGGUUUUCAACGACACCAACAACAAGGCCCAUCAACUGGAAAAAUUCUUGCUGUCAUGGCCCUUUUACCAGUAGGUGGGACUCUUUUAGCUCUAGCUGGUUUGACUCUUAUGGGAACUGUUAUUGGGCUUUUAUUAAGCACCCCAGUUUUCCUUCUCUUCAGCCCAGUUCUUGUUCCAGCAGCCCUUACAAUUGGGCUUGCUGUAGCCUCCUUUCUAACUUCUGGGGCUUUAGGGGUAACUGGGCUUUCAUCUCUCUCUUGGGUCCUUAAUUUCUUCCGACGGACCUCGGUGCCCGAACAGUUGGACCACGCCAAGAGACGUGUCCAAGAUGCUGCUUCUUAUGCGGGCCAGAAGACCAAAGAUAUGGGCCAAGAGAUUCAGAACAAGGCCCAAGAAGGGAAGAGGACUUGAAAAAGCACUGUGUGUGUAUCUAGAAAUCAUAGGAAUAAUAAAGUGAGUCUUGCAUGUUUUUUUUUUUUUUUUGGUUUACAUAAGUGUUAAUGGGUAUGUUGUGUUUAGUUUGUGUGUGUUUAUGUUUUUUCAAGUGUUUUAGUUUUACAUUUUUUGCUCAUAAUUUAUGGUGAGUCGAGAAUUUGGUCUAUUGUACUUGGCUAUCCGUAUAUUAAUGUUUGGUGUUUUGUUUCUA